AUGGUCUUGAAGCACAACAACCAGUUGCCCAACCAGCACUUCCGUAAGGACUGGCAGCGUCGCGUGAAGACGUGGUUCGAUCAGCCCGGCCGCAAGAAAUCUCGCCGUGUUGCACGUAUCCAAAAGGCUGCCCGCAUUGCUCCUCGUCCUGUUGACGGUCUUUUGCGUCCUGCUGUUCGUUGCCCCACUCAACGUUACAACAUGCGUCUCCGUGUUGGCCGUGGUUUCACUCUUGAAGAACUCAAGGAAGCUGGUAUCAACCGCAAGGAAGCUCGCUCCAUUGGUAUUGCUGUUGACCACCGUCGUCGCAACCACUCCCAAGAGUCCCUUGAAUUGAACGUUCAACGUCUCAAGGCUUACAAGGCUAAGCUCAUCGUCUUCCCUCGCAAGGCUUCCAGCCCCAAGAAGGGUGACUCUGAUGCUGCUGCUGUUGCCUCUGCUGUUCAACUUCGUGGUGCUAUCCUCCCUGUUGAGCAAGUUGCUACCGCCCCUGAAGCUCGUGCCAUCUCUGCUGAUGAGAAGAAGGUCAACGCCUACAUGAAGCUUCGUUACGCUCGCUCCGCUGCCCGCACUCUUGGUGCCCGUGAGAAGCGUGCUCGUGAUAAGGCCGAAGAGGAGGCCAACAAGGUAAGAUUGGAUAUGAAUGAGGAUGGUAUAAACAAGGUAUCUCACACGGCAUUGCGCAUUUUGUAG